GCCGCGACGUCACCAGAGAACAUUAAAUAUGGCGGACAACAAGUAGCAAAGAGACGGUGAAGCUAGCGAUCAGCGUCGGUAAAAUAGCAACGUUUCUUUCGAGUGUUUGACUUUUGCCGUGUGUCGUGUUUGUGUUUUAAAUUUGGACACGUCUGACGCGAGCUGAAGGCAGUUUUUCGGCUGAGGCCCCGGUGAGACGGGCGUUAGCCUGCAGAGUUAGCGUUAGCCGAGCCAGCGUUAGCCGAGCCAGCGCCCGCCUCGGUUCUCCCCGGAUCCUGACGCUGUGAAGCGUUUUAGCUUUUUGUUUGACUUAUGUAUCACAGCAGCGUGUGUCUGGGUCGGACCGAGCAUCUGUUGGGACGGAGUCUAGUUCCUGUGAGUGCGGGCACAACGCGGCGUGUAGCGCUUGGUUAAAGGCCAGCUUUUGACAAAGGCGCUGAUAAAAACGGACGCGCUCGUUUUCGUAACGUUCGCUGUCGGACUGUUUAUGAGCAGAACACCCAGGGAACAUGGAGGCUAAGCGCGCGCACGCUGAGCCACGCACGAGCAGCAGCAGCAGCGGCAGCGGGGACUCGAGCUGCGGCAGCCCGGGGUCGCCCUCCAGUAGCCCGGCGCCGGCCACCAGCUCGGCCCCGGCGCCCGGAAACGCGUUCGCCAACGACGGCAGCUUCAUGGAGAUGUUCAAGAAGAAGAUGGAGGAGGAGGCGAGGCGGAAAACGGAGACGCAGCAAACAGGUGGCGCUGCCAGAGCCUCCGAGCAGGGACAGGCCUCUGUGGACAGGAAGCCGCCUCCCGUGACGAGCUUUGUGGGGAAGCGCAGAGGAGGCGUGUUCCUAAAGACUGGUGUGGUUGCCAAGAAGCAGAAACAGGACUCAGAGCGGGAGCCAGGCAAGAGCGAUGCCUGGACAAAGUACAUGGCUGAGGUGAAAAAGUACAAAGCCCACCAGUGUGGAGACGACGAUAAAACCCGGCCUCUGGUUAAAUAGGCUCCGAGUCGCCACCAGGGAGAAACGGGCCCCUCCUGAUCUUCUCACGGUGCCAGUUCAAACUCCCGUCAAGGGUUUCACAAACUUUGCCCUGUUUUUUAGUAUCAUUCUGUUUUCUGUUGUUGGACUUUAAUCUGGAAUUUCUGAAAUUUGGAAUAUGCUGAUUGUUUAAAUUUUGUGUUAGGGUUCAUUAAAGUAUUAAUUUGUUAGCAGCUAAAUCGAGGUUCCAAAUAAAUGUACACUGCCUGUUUA